CACGGGUUGUUGACACGGGUAGAUCACAGCCGGUUGUGAAAGUGCUUCGCGAUGUAAAAUUAAUCAUAAUUAACUACCGUAAAUAAGUAGUAAUUAUUUAGAAAACAGGAUUAAAAGUGAUAUCAAUUCAGGCGGUUUAGGUUAUUGUACAAGUAUUAUUAUAAAUGAGGGUAUAAAAAAAAUUGGUGGAAACAAGCGUCUGUCACGAAUAUAAGCAAUUUUGACAGAGCUAAGCUUUAAGUUUUGUUGUAUGUAUCUAAAAGUUUAUUUUAAGAAAGUAUUUUUUCGGUUGUGUUCCUUCACGUGAAAAAAAGGCCAAAUUUUUGGAAGAAAGAAGAUAAGAAACGUUACAAACACAUCUUAUAAAGGAAAAUGGUUUCGUGCACAUGGUGACACCUCUGAUCAUUAAAAAGAUGAUAAAUAUAAAAAAUAUAUGAAUGACAAUGGGCUGAAAUAUAUCACACUAUAAAACUCUUAAUUUUUAUAUAUGGGAGAUACAGGAACAUUAAUCAUGGCAACAGUAGAAGAAAAGAAGAGAGUUGGUGGCUCAAAGGUUUCAGCCAUUGCAAACAUCUUUCAAUCGAAACCACAAUUGGAUAAUUUAAGCCAUAGAACAAAUAAUUUAUCGGAUAGUUUUAAGGAACCAACUGUACCUUUAAAAGAAUCUCCUACACAGGUUACAGUUGUUAGGACAGAAAGUCACGUGGCCCGUUUUAAUAACGCCCGUGCGCUUUUUGAAAAGCUUGGAGAAGAAAAUAAACCACAUAAACCGGUGGACAGAAUUACAAAACCUAGUAAUUUACAUGGUUUAAGAUCACGUUCUAGUUCAGCAAAUUCUGGAUCAGGUUGUACAUCUCCUGCGAGAUCGCCCCGUCCUCGAUCUCCCUCACCUCCAGGAGCUAGAGAUCACUUGAGUAAUUGGAGUGCAAGUGUACCAGCUUUAAAUGCUGAAAGGCAUUUCGAAAAUGGUCAUAAUCAUGGUUUAGAUAAUUUGUCAGAUAAACAUAAAUCGCGUGCAGGGCAAGGAAAAUUUGAGAAAAAUUAUGGUAAAGAAAAUCGUUUAGAUGAUCGUCCAGAAAAACCAGAGAAACCUGAAAGAAGGUUAAAUUCGAAAGAAUUAAUUGAAAAACAGAAAAAUUGGACUAGUCAUUUCUCAAAAACUAGACCAAGCAGAUAUAAUUCAGAUCCAAAUAGAUCUGUGGUUCAGACUUCUUUAAAUCAAAGUGCAAAUAAAGUUAGCGUAGAAGCUACUUCCGUAGGACAUAUACAAAAUGCGGUAAAUACUGAUAAUGAAGUGAAAAGACCAACAGAUAUUUCUACUAAUCCAGCUACAAGAUCUGCAAGCUUUUGCUCUACUAGAUCGUCGGUCAUAUCUCCACCUCCACCUCCACCGCCAACAAGAAAUUCUUCUGCUUCAAAUGUAAGAAAAGAAAGACCAGCUAGUAUUGCAGCAGUAUCUCCACCAGAUAUUCCUAGUAGCCCAGAAUACGCUACUAUAAAUAAAUAUUUUGAUACUUCACCAACUAUACCUGAAUAUGCCGUUAUCCAGAAUACAAAUGUACAAAACAAACAUUUCCAAAGAAAUCAAGAACAACGAGAUGUUACAAAAAAUGUAGUUACUCCAACGCCAGAAAGGACACAAGAUGUGGUUGUACCGGAAUAUGCUGUAGUACAAAAGAAUACUGCAGCCAAAAUGCUUGCACGAAACAUAGAUGCAUCGAAAAAUGCUACCACACAUUCAAAAGGUUUAAAUAACACUGAAAACAGCGGUUUAUCCUCUAAAAAUACUCUUGCAAACUCAAGUAUUGAUAUUUAUUCACAAACAAAAUCACAUGUUUCCUCUCAUGAGAGAAAUUCUGAUAUAUCUAGUCCGACAAGGAGUAUGUCAAUAGAGAAUAUUCCUAGUAUUGCAGUGGAAAAUAAACUAAAGAAAAGUAGUGACUUACUUGAUACACCUGAGUAUUUAAAUUACCCUUCAAACGUUGUACGUUCACCACCUAAAACUUCUGAAUAGAACGAAUGGUUAGCCAAGAAUGAUGAAAUUUUAAAAAAAGCAACAGAUCUGAAAGGUUCUAGGGAAGACGUAGACACCAAAAAUGAAAUCGUUAGACCUGAUCCAAGACCAGACUGGGCUAGGCCAUGUAUAAAUACUGUAAGGAAGAAAGAUAGCUUGACGGAUGAAGGGAAAAUAGAGCCAUCAAAAUCUCCAGAUCCAGAAUUAAGACCACCUUCUGGAGGUACGGAUAGCGCUUCUUCUAGUAUGAGCUCCCCUAGCUCCCCUUCCAAGGAUAGUAAAGAAGAGAAGGCAGAUAAGGAAAUGUCUGAAAAAUUUCAAGCGGGUCGUAAUAGCUAUGACUUACAACCUGAAGAACAAGAGAAGCCUGCAAUAUACACAGAAAAUAUUUCUGAAAAGGAUAGUUUAGAAAAAAAUUCAAGAUUUAAUGAACCAGACACGACGACGGUUAUUCGACGUUCUCACGUACGUGUCGAUCUCCAAGCUGCUGGAUUGGGGCAGCGACCACCAUCUGUAGUUAGUUCAGAUCAGGAGUACCCACCUUUAGAACAUAAGGAUAUACCAAUACCUUCGCCAUAUGCAAAGAAAAUGCAACAAAAUCAAGAAAUUACUACACAAAAUAAUGAAAUUAAACCUCAACUAAAAGCUGACGUAGAGGAAAAUGCGUUAAUAAAAGCUGAUUCAAAAAGUUGCCAUAAUAAGAUAUCUCAAGAUAGCAAUCAAGAUCAUGUACGAGUAAAUUCAAUGAUUACAGAAAUAAAUCAAAAUAUAGUCUUAGAUAAUAAGUCGAAAUCAAACGCCGUCAAUGAAAGGCAUAUAUUUGCUGAAACUGUGUGUCAAAAAACAAUGUCCAAUGCCAAAAAUGAUCAAAUCAAGAUCUCUGUUCGAGAAAAAUUAGCAAAGAAUAAAGAAGAAGUAUCUGGGAAACGUUCGAGUUUUGCCGAAGUCGAUAAUAAAGUAGAUCAAACGGACAAAGCUGUGUUAAAUACGAAUCAGUGCUCGCUAAGUUCGAAUAUCCAUAGUACUGAGAAUUUAUCAGAGAAACCUAUUAAUAAGGAAGUAGAAUCAGAUGAAAUUGCACACUCGGAGAGUAUGUCUAAAUUUGUGUCAACAACUACUACUAGGAAAGAAUAUGUAACAUUGGUAGGGGAUACAGUACCAUCAUCUAAAUCUAGUUCACAAUCAGUAAGCAGUAUUUUAAAUAGAAAUACAGAAGAAUCUGAUCAGCCACAAACAACAUGGGAACAGGAAAAACAGAAAGCUGAUCAACUAGCAAAAUUAAGAUUGCAAGAAAGUAUUUCCACAUGUACAGUUCAACAAACUAUUGUAUCUCAAAGUGUGUCACCUGCAAUUACACCUCAACAUAUAGAAAAGAAACAGCCAACUGAACAUGUUGCAUCUGAGGGUAGUGUUCAUGAUGAUAGUGAUUCUAGUGAUACUAAAACUAUUACCAAUUUGGAUGCUCCACUAAUGGAUACGCAAAAUGUUAUUGAACAAAAUAGUUCUAAGACUGUAAUCGAAACUUCUUCCAAAACUAUUAUUAGUCAAUCAAUUCCCGUAACACCAGAUACUAUGACACCUGAUGAAGCAGAAAAUUUGUUAAGUUCUCGCAUCCUAGAAAAAAAGAUAAGACAAGGAUCAGCUUUAUUAUCGGACGAGGAAGCACAAGAAAUAGCAAGACUACUAUCACCUACUACGCAUAAUGAAGUUGUAAGUGAAGAAAAUUCUAUUGAUAAAAGUAAAGAAAUGGAUAAAGAGAGAGAAAAAGAUGAUCAAGAUAAUACACCAGAUUGGCUUUCUGAUGUCCUGUCUGCUCCUGAUACCAGUCUUAUUAAUAGCACCACUAAUGAUUAUAGUUUGUCCCACAGAUCACGUAGUGAUUUAACGAUAGACUCGUUAACGGAAAGUCAAGUGGGUUCUGUAACGGGUAGCGAAAGUGGUUUACUUGGAUCUGUUAGUAGUUUAAACGAUACUCAUGAAACUAAUGAUGAGACGGAAACUGAACAGCAAGAUGAGUAUCCCCCAACUCCAGGCAAAGUUAUACUCGUGGAAAAUGGUGUACAUUACUUUGAAGAUGGUCUUUGGAUGGAAGUUGCUGGAAUACCAGAAUCUGACGAGGAGAAGGAGGAUUAUCCGUCGAAUAUGCCUGUGAAAAAAAUGACUAAAGUUUCAUUAUACGGGACAAUGAAAGUUUAUUCAACGCAUUCGGUUAAUGAAUACGAUCGUCGGAAUGUCGAUGUAGAUCCUGUUGCUGCAAGUGCAGAGUAUGAACUUGAGAAACGAGUUGAAAAGAUGGAGGUAUUUCCAGUAGAACUUAUGAAAGGACCAGAAGGUCUUGGUUUAAGCAUAAUUGGAAUGGGUGUUGGAGCAGAUGCAGGACUUGAGAAAUUGGGCAUAUUUGUGAAAACAAUCACAGAAAAGGGUGCAGCUGCGCGAGAAGGCAGAAUACAAGUAAACGAUCAAAUCGUUGAAGUGGAUGGAAAAUCUUUGGUUGGCGUUACACAAGCAUAUGCAGCUAGUGUUCUUCGUAAUACUUCAGGUCUUGUGCGUUUUGUGAUUGGUAGAGAACGCGAUCCAGAUUCAGAAGUAGCAAUGUUAAUUCGGCAAAGUCUUCAAGCAGAUAAAGAAAGAGAACAGCAAGCUAACUCUGCUAGGUCCUUAACUUUUUCGGAUAGUUCGCCUGAUGGUCAACGAGGUAACGAGGAAGGUAUUGGAAGUAUGGGUGCAAUACCAGGUUCACCAGCUAUGUCAUCGUGUUCGGAAGGAGAACCUCCGCACAGUCCGAUAGAAAAUUAUUUAACUUCUGGUCGAAGUAGAUCGCCUAUUAUCAGUAGUUCAUCGAUACCACCACAUGCAUCUGCCACUACACAAAGCGAUGUUGACAGUUUGAGACUACUUUUACAAGAGAGUCAAUAUAAACUAGCAUUAGCAGAUGGAGAGGUGGAAAAACUCAAAGCUAAGCUCGUAGAUUUAGAAAACAGCGGAGCUGGUAGUGAGGAAUAUGCAGCAAAAUUGCGUGAGUCCGGUUUACGACUUCACGAGUCUGAAAGAGCCUUAGGAGCCGCUAGACAGGUAGCAACGGCACGAGAAAUGCUUUCACAAGCAACAGCACAAAAUGCUGCUUUGCAACAAAAAUACGCUCGAGCAAGAAGGGCAGCGCGCGAGUUACGCGCGGAUAUCGCAGCUAGGGACGAAUUCUAUCAACAAUUAUUACAAGAGAAAGACACAGAAUAUAAUGCUCUCGUUAAAAGUUUAAAAGAUAGGGUAAUCACGUUGGAAGUUGAAUUAACAGAAACACAAAGGAGGUUUGGAUUGCCAGUAAGAUUACCUUAUGAUGGAGCUACGGCUAGAAUAGUUACGCCGCAACUAACCCGUCGGCAAUUACCUCCACCUCCUUCAUCAACUAGCUGUCAACUUUCAGACACAGAGACGUCAGAUCUUAGUAGCCCAGACGACGGAGAUAAAACAGCAACCGUGGAAAGAAAAUUACCAAUUCCAUUACCAGUCAAGGAGGAAUUAGAUCGAGCAGUACCUGCUCAUCGACUUCUUGAUAACUCUGCUGGAAAAAGUAAGGCUGAACUUGCAAGUAGAGGAGGACUCGCAAAUCGGCAACUUCCUAAACGAUCUGGUGGCCUUAGUAAUAGUAGUUCUGACUACGGAUUGGAUGAAUCAGGUGACAAUACCGAUGAAGAUUCAUCUUCUAAAUUACUUUCUCAAGAUGCAAGCAGUAGAUCUCCAAAUGACUUGACAUCGAAACAAUCAAAUUUGAGUUCCUAUUCUAGUAGUUCUUCGAUUAGUUCCCUAAAAAGUAAACAUAUGGAACCUGCUCAUCCGACGGCAAUUCGACACAGUACUAUUAGUUCGCAAGUUAGAGCAAUGACAGAACAGAGUUGGCCACAAUCUCAAAAAAAUCUAACUGGACCGCCAGCAUCAUUAGCUGAGCAGUUGAAACAAGUAUUAGCAGAAAGAGAAAGACGACUCGGCGGAAAUGAUAUGCCUUCCUCAAGAGAAAGUUCCGGAGAUUUUAGCGACUUAAAUAAUCCACAUACCAAUGAUCCAGCUUUAGUUACUCAUCAUUUAGUGGAAGAAAUACGACAAGCUGUAAACGAAGCCAAUCAAAGAGUGAAAAAAGCCACUAUUCCUUCAUCAAAUUUAAUUGGUAGCGGUUCCACACCUUGGCAUCAUCCAGGUAGUUCACCUUCUAGUCUAUCAUCUGGUGGAUCAGUGAGCCCACCUGCAGUUGAUCCUAGUCCAUCGAAAACAGAUACGAGCGAAGUUUGGAUGCCUCCUCACCCAAGCGACUUUGGUUUAGGUGACAAAAAGUCCCACUUUUGGCAAAAUGCACCAGUUGCUGAUUGGUCCAAGGAACAAGUGUGUCAGUGGUUAUCAGGAAUUGGUUUGAAGCAUUAUGCAUCACGUUUUUUGGAAACUGGAAUUAACGGUGGAAAUCUUUUGCGACUUGAAUCUCGUGACCUGAAAGCUUUUGGUAUUUGUCGCGAAGAAAAGUCUCAUUUGAAACGAAAAUUGAAGGAACUUAGGGCACAAGCAGACCGGGAACGUAAGGAAAGGAAGGAAAUAGAACGAAUGCGACGAAAAGCAGAGAAAGCUGCGCGAAAAAAAUAGUUUGUUGUGCGUACAUUGAUGUACUUAUGUCCUCUAUAAAAUGCAAUAAUAUUGUACAAAAUGGUUGGUAACAUAAUUGAAGUCUUAUGUACAAUAUUCCAGUGAUGUUCGUAAAAUAUUUUCAAUUUUUCCAUUUAAAUUUAAUUCUCUAUUACGCAUAAAACAGUCACAGUUUACUAAAUGUUCUUGUUCGAAUUUCUCGUUGUCCGAAAUUUUAAACUUUGAUCAUUUAUACUCAAUUCUGAUUUUCACACAUUUGCAUUUAUUUAUGAUAUAUUUGUAUCAGUGUUGGUUCACUGAUCUAAAUAGUAUUUGGUAUUAAUUAUUUAUAAAGUGACAGUGAAUACCAGUUCAAGAGAUAGAAUGUAUGAAUGUACUAGCAUGCCUAUUAUGCCAGACGUAUGUAUGUGAUAUAUAUGUAUAAAAUUCAAGCCAUUUAGGUAAAUUGUAAUAAAACUUGGAUUAUCUAGAUUUUUUUAAUAACUGUAUGUAUACUUUUGUAGAGACAUAAGUUUCACGUUACUAGAAUAACAUAACUAUUACUGUAUUUAUUUUUAUCAUCAGUUUUAUCAUGUAAUAAUUUUCAUAAUGAAUAAUAUAAUACGCUAGUAUAGUAGAGACUUACAAUUAGUAAUAAACUAUUAUUGAGGAAAAAACAGUGACUGUUCUCUACUAUGUAUGUACAUCAUGAACUUAUCAACGAAUUUGUAAUUGUCAAUACGGUGUGUGUUAUAAAUUUCCAUUGUAGAUUGAUCAAAUUGCGAAAUAGUUAUUAUAUUCAUCUAUAUUUAUUCAUUAUCUAUAAAUUUGCUCAGUCUACAGUUUUCGCCAUUAGCAAAUUAUUAACUUCUUAAUCGAUAUUAAUCGAAAUAAAGUAUUAAUGUAUUUCUAUUAUACUACCGUCUUGAUGUUCGUAUCGAAAACAAAAUUUUUCUUCCUUUUUAAUUAUACGAAAUUUAUGUUCUUAUAUAUGAAUUCACUAUUAAGUACUAGAAAUCCCCACAAUGUCGAUUUUAUUGCGACGAUAAUUUUUAAAUUAUUGUGAUGAAUUUUGUUUUUAGUAUUUUCUAUACAUUUCAGACAUUCCAUGUGAUUUUAUAAUUGUAUCUUUAUUAACAUACAAAUAGAAAAUUAUUAUAAAGACUCCUAAUGUUUCGGCGAGAACCCAAUUAUAUUUAUGUACGUGAAUAUAUCACAUAAGGAUACAUUAUCCAUUGAAUAAUGUAUGUUAAAUACAAAAUUAGUAUCCUAAGGAGAAUUCAUUUUUAAAUAUGAUUGCGGGGCUCGCUUGGGUACGGUAUAGACAAAUGUACCUUAUUGUGCGUACACUUAUUUAUAAUAGAGUUAAAAAACUUUUGUACGAUGUUAAGUACUUUGUGCUUCCUUUAUAUCGUUUUUUAAAUGUACAAUUUGUUUUUCUCAUGAAGAAAAAUAAAAUUUCUUUUACAUAGAGCAAUUAAACUAGCAAAGUAUUUAGCAUUGAUACAGAUUGUACAUAUUACUAUUAUCACUGAUAUUGUAUAAUCUAUAAAAAAUUAUUAUGACUUAAGAGGCGUGUAAGAGGCAUAACUGUAGUGUCAUAAUAUCUUUAUAGGAGAUAGAUUUUAAUUUCUUUUUAUUUUAACUUGAGCGUUUAUCAGAGGUCCUCCACUUUCUUUAUAAUACUAUGUACCACGAUAUCUUGAAAGCAAUCGAUUAUUGUUAUUUCUGUUGUUGUUGCGUACAACGAAAUGCGGUAACCGAUCGAAAACAAAAAAAAUAUAUAUAUAUAUAUAACACAAUGUAACAUUCUUACGUCUCAGGGUAAUCACCGAUAUGUUUUGAAAUGUACGUGUGUUCAAUGAAUGAAAAUUUUUACGGAUUGGAACGUCUUACAAUUCGUUUCUAAAUGACUAUUGUAAUUUCAUAGGAGCAGACGUUUGAUAAAAAACCGACUGAUUUACGAUAAGUUUUUGUAGUUGAUUUUAAAAGAUAUGGCAUAAGUAUGCGACUUAAGAAGUGUCAUUUGUCCAAAAAAAAGCAAAAUUAUAGUAACUAAACUUGUACUUCACUGUGGGGCUGCAUAUAGUGUCCAAAUCUUUUCAAUCGUUUUAAAAGUAUUGCUCACAAGAAAGAAAGAAAGAAAGAAAAGAAAAGAACAUAGUUCCAUGGAUAAAGACAAAGAAUGUCACAGUUGCAUAAAUGAUAGGUUUUUAACAAUGUCUAUAAAAAGUAUUGUCAACAAAUACUCUUAAACGUUUUAAUUAAAAACAAUUCAUACAAUACA